GAUCACUGUAGUCUUUGCACCUUGGAAAGACGAGGGAACUUUGUCACGGUAUACGAGUAUGACAUUAAAUUUAUACGGUAAACUUCCCGUACGAUGGACUGCCCACUGCAAACUGGGCUUGCAGUGUUGCGAUAUUCGGUGGUUACUGUAGUCACUGUACCGGCAGCUACCGCGGUUACGGUACUCCAGCUGUGUAUUAUGCAGUCUUCUGUGACUUGACUCGAUCCUCCAUCUGUAAGGCUAGAGAUCACGGGAUUCUCUCUCGCCUCCCUGCCUCUCCCCAACAUCUUACACCUGAAUUUACCCUGCGCACUCGCGCCGACCCAUCCACACCCAUCCACAACCGCACGCCCUUCCUACACCCGAGCCCACUUCAUCUCCGACACCAUCCCCACCUCAUCUCCUUGCUGCUUGAUCACUGUUUUCUUGUCUCCCCUUCGGAUUCCCGUUGCGGUGGAUACCCUUACCGGUUCUCUUCGACAAAAUGAGCGUCAUCAUGGGUACGGAUUUUCUUUUUUUUGCGAGACUUCGUCCGAUAGUCACCCAUCCACACUCCCCCCCCCCUCCCUACCUCACUGGCUUUCUCUUUCUGUAAUAUGUAGAAUAAUAUAAAAUAAAAACUGAUAUCUCAUUCUUCCCCUCAAUCUAUAGCGACAGCGGGGUAUGACCAUACAAUUAGGUACUACCAUCUCCUGGCCUUAACUCCAGAGCUAUCGCUUCUAACGUUUUCGUGUCUCCAAGGUUUUGGGAGGCCCUCUCCGGAAUAUGCUCACGUACUAUUCAGCACUCGGACUCGCAAGUGAAUCGACUUUGCAUCUCACCCGACAAACGCCUCCUCGCAGCGGCAGGCCACACCACAGUAAAACUUUAUGACAUCAAGUCUACAAACCCGAACCCGUUGCUACAGUUUGAGGGACACUCGAAUAACGUGACGGGAGUUGGCUUCCACUGCGAGGGGAAAUGGAUGGUGACUUCUUCCGAGGAUGGUACGGUCAAGAUUUGGGAUACCCGCACGGCCACUGUACAGAGAAAUUACUCUCACGGCAGUCCGGUGAACGAUGUGGUCAUCCACCCGAACCAGGGAGAGCUGAUCUCUUGCGACCAGGCUGGGAACGUUAGGAUUUGGGAUUUGGGUGAGAAUAAGUGCACGCACCAAUUAAUCCCCGAGGAUGAUGUCCCAGUAAGGAGCGUUACUGUUGCUACUGAUGGUAGCAUGCUUGUCGCUGGAAACAACUUGGUAUCCCAACCCUCUUGCGUGCUUGUGCGCUGCGGGGCCUCUCUUACUCUGGGUAUCGCUGACGAUCAACGACGGCAUUCGUUUAGGGCAACUGCUACGUGUGGCGUAUGAUUCAGAACCGGGAUGUCACCCAGUUGGUUCCUGUUACCAAGUUCCAGGCACAUACGAAAUACAUAACCCGGGUGCUCCUUUCUCCAGAUGUGCGACAUCUGGCGACUUGCUCGGCGGAUCAUACUGCAAAGAUCUGGAGUGUUGAUGAGAAGAAAUUUUCGCUGGAGAAUACCCUUCACGGCCACCAACGGUGGGUCUGGGAUUGCGCAUUUAGCGCAGAUAGCGCCUAUCUUGUUACCGCUUGCAGUGAUCAUUACGCUAGGCUGUGGGAAUUGAGCAGGUUUGUUUCCAGGUUCCAGUGAUAUUGGUAUUGUGGCUAGCGCUUGGCUGAUCGAUGGUAGUCAACAAAUAAUCCGCCAGUACAACGGUCACCAUCGUGGGGCUGUCUGUGUGGCUCUAAACGACUACAGCGAGAGAUAG